CUCCUCUCACACAGACAGGCAGCGGCUCGGAGUGUCAGCGUGCGCGCGGAGAGAGUGACUAAUAAAGCUGCAGCAUUCACAGGCUCGCGCACGGCCCGUUGCCAGGCAGGGCUACAGAGGAGGGGGGCGAGAGCGCGCGGGGCCUCGCGGUGACGCUGGGCUGCUGACGUCAUCCUCUCGCGGUGUCUCGCUCUCGGUGUGUGGAGGAGGAAGCGGGAGACGGGGGAGAGAGAGACACCGGAGGGAGGAGGAGCCGGGGAAACACCGUCCUACCCCGAGAUACACCGGCCACAGCGUCUCCCGGGACACGGCUGAGAAGGCGGCUCGGUAAGGAGGAGCCAUGACUGAAAUCAGUGACCUCGAUCGGCAGAUUGAGCAGCUGAGACGCUGUGAGCUCAUCAAGGAGAGUGAAGUUAAAGCCCUUUGUGCCAAGGCCCGGGAGAUACUAGUAGAAGAAAGCAAUGUGCAGAGGGUGGACUCGCCAGUCACGGUGUGCGGCGACAUCCACGGCCAGUUCUAUGACCUGAAGGAGUUAUUUAGGGUUGGGGGAGACGUCCCAGAAACAAAUUACCUGUUCAUGGGAGAUUUUGUUGACCGUGGGUUUUACAGCGUUGAAACAUUCCUUCUCCUCCUAGCUUUGAAGGUCCGCUACCCUGACAGGAUCACACUGAUUCGCGGGAACCACGAGAGUCGACAGAUCACACAAGUCUAUGGUUUCUACGAUGAGUGUCUGCGCAAGUACGGCUCGGUUACAGUAUGGCGGUAUUGCACUGAGAUCUUUGACUAUCUCAGCUUGUCUGCCAUCAUCGAUGGAAAGAUCUUUUGUGUACAUGGCGGGUUAUCUCCAUCAAUACAGACUUUGGACCAGAUCCGAACCAUUGACCGCAAACAGGAAGUUCCCCACGAUGGCCCUAUGUGCGACCUCCUCUGGUCUGAUCCAGAAGAUACCACUGGUUGGGGAGUGAGCCCUCGGGGAGCCGGCUACCUGUUCGGCAGUGAUGUUGUAGUGCAGUUCAAUGCUGCAAACAACAUAGAUAUGAUCUGCAGGGCACACCAACUUGUUAUGGAGGGGUAUAAGUGGCACUUCAAUGAGACAGUCCUGACUGUAUGGUCUGCGCCAAACUACUGUUAUAGAUGUGGAAACGUAGCUGCCAUCCUCGAGCUGGACGAGCACCUUCAGAAAGAGUUCAUCAUUUUUGAAGCUGCUCCACAAGAGACCAGAGGCAUUCCCUCCAAGAAACCAGUCGCCGACUACUUCCUGUGACCUGUCCCUACAAUUUCCGGGCCUCUCCACUAUGUCCUCCUGGUGUCUCUUGAACUUCCAAGCGUCUAUUUCCCCUUUCUCUCUGGCUGCGGUACCAGAACCUACUGUGGGGAAGAAGAGCCUGCAGACUUUUGCCUCUCUGCUCCAUGUUUAGGUCUUUUGAGGGGAUAACAUUCUGCAAUGAGGUGGAGGGACUGAGGGGAACAUGUGUCCAGACUUGGGGUGCACUAUAUUCUGAUGUUUGGGGCAGGUAACAAUCUUUGAGGGGGGGGGGGGACGGAUUACAGGAGCAGUGCUCUGCAGGUUGCAGAAUGGAGCAAUGUGUUUUGUGUCUCAGGAAAGGGGGUGUUCUUAAUGCUCUGCAAGACUUUCAUGGGAUGGGCAACAGAGCGUGAAUUCAUAGGGAGGAAGGGUGGCACGUGGGGUGGUGGUAUGCAAGGAAACCAAAAUCCUUUCACUUUUAGAUGUUUUUAGGAGUUUCUUCCUAUAUUUUAUAAAUUCCUAAAACCCAAAUCCAGUCAUUCCUCAUACAGUCCCUCCCUGGGAGGAGGUCUUUUCCCCCACUGCGAUGAUGCUAGUUUGGAGUGCCUUAGUGCAAGCAGACCCUGGGUCCACAAUCCCGGCAGGACUGAGAACGCUGUGUGGUUCCCGUUGCCAUAUGAUCAGUCCCCAAGCCACAAUUUUUUUUUUUUCCCCUUCACCCCCCCCCUCCUUCCGUUCCUGAUUAUUUCCGGUCUCCACUUUUUUCAGGUAGAAACUUUGUUCUUUCACCUCAGUUCCUUCCCCGUGUAGCUGUAGUCUCAUCAGACAAAAUACAUUAUCAAGUGCUAAAAUGCAGAGCACUGCAGGGGUCGGGUUACCAUGAUACAAUUGGCCUGUCUCGUGCCGAUUCAUUUGAUGUUUUACGGUUUAUCCUCCCAACAUAAAUGCUCUGUAUUAUUCCCCUUUGAA